AUGGCUCGGAUGGGGCUUACGGGCGCCGCUGGACGCUGGUGGGGACUCGCUCUCGGCUUGACCGCAUUCUUCCUCCCAGGCGCCCACGCCCAGGUGGUCCAGGUGAACGACUCCAUGUACGGUUUCAUCGGCACGGACGUGGUCCUGCACUGCAGCUUCGCCAACCCGCUGCCCGGCGUGAAGAUCACCCAGGUCACGUGGCAGAAGGCCACCAACGGCUCCAAGCAGAAUGUGGCCAUCUACAACCCCGCCAUGGGCGUCUCCGUGCUGGCUCCCUACCGUGAGCGCGUAGAAUUCCUGCGGCCCUCUUUCACCGACGGCACCAUCCGCCUCUCCCGCCUUGAGCUGGAGGACGAGGGCGUCUACAUCUGCGAGUUCGCCACCUUCCCUGCCGGCAAUCGAGAGAGCCAGCUCAACCUCACUGUAAUGGCCAAACCCACCAACUGGGUAGAGGGCACCCAGACGGUGCUUCGAGCCAAGAAGGGGCAGGAUGACAAGGUCCUGGUGGCCACCUGUACCUCGGCCAACGGGAAGCCUCCCAGCGUGGUGUCCUGGGAAACGCGCCUGAAGGGCGAGGCGGAGUACCAAGAGAUCCGGAACCCCAACGGCACGGUGACCGUCAUUAGCCGCUACCGCCUGGUGCCCAGCCGGGAAGCCCACCAGCAGACCCUGGCCUGCAUCGUCAACUACCACAUGGACCGCUUCCGGGAAAGCCUCACCCUCAACGUGCAGUACGAGCCCGAGGUGACCAUCGAGGGGUUUGAUGGGAACUGGUACCUGCAGCGGACGGAUGUGAAGCUCACGUGCAAAGCCGAUGCUAACCCCCCUGCCACCGACUACCACUGGACCACGCUGAAUGGCUCUCUCCCCAAGGGCGUGGAGGCCCAGAACCGAACCCUCUUCUUCAGGGGGCCUAUCAACUACAGCCUGGCAGGGACCUACGUGUGUGAGGCCACCAACCCCAUCGGCACCCGCUCGGGCCAGGUGGAGGUCAAUAUCACAGAAAAGCCCCUCCCCCAGGAAGACCCUGGAAAUGUGGCCAGGUUUCUAGGGGGUACCGUGGCCAUUGUCCUCAUCCUUGGCGUGGCUCUUGCCAUCUUCAUACUGCAUCACCGACAGCAGAAGAACCAAAUGGAGCCGGACUGUGGCGGGACUUCAAUGCCCUCCUCCCAGAAGCUGGAGCCUCCCCACCGCAGGCAGAGCCACCUUGCACCUGAGGACAUCCAGAUUCUCCACCUGGAGCCAGGGAAGCAGCAGGUGCAGCCGGAAGAAAAAGAAAUGCAACAGCUGGUCCUGCAGACCCCCUACUAUGACCUGGGAACCUCCCCCUCCUACUGCCCCUCGGUAAGGACCACCGAACCUCCGGGAGGGUUCCCCAAACCCAGCUCCAUUCAGCCUGGCCACGAGCCCAGCUGCCUAGAGGGAAAGAGGGCAGAGGAAGCCCAGGAGAUGGGGCAGGGAGGGCACAGCAGCCCUGAGUGGCGCAUGUCCACGGCCGCCAUGGUCCACCCUGGCACCACGGAGGUCUGCUCCGUGCCACGCGGGCCCCUCUUCCUGAGGGACGUAACCCCUGUUGCUCCAGAAGAUCUCAGGGUCACAGCUGGCCUCUGUGGGGAUCAGAGCCAAGGCUGCCCCAAACAGACGGCACUCGGUCGGGAAGGGUCCACACAGAGAAGUUCUGUGGACAUGCUGGUCUCUGAGCAGACGGCCUCGGGCUCUGGCCUAACGGACCCUGAUCUCCGCUAUGCAGAACUGGACACCUCAGCCCUGGAACUGGUGCCAGGGUCAUGGACGACCGUGCCAGGGCCUGGAGAGGUUGUGGAAUAUGCCACCAUCCAGCUGAGCCCACCCUAG